GGUUCGUACUUGGCAGCGAGAUGCUAGAGACAGGACAUUGCUGCAACCUACUUCUGCUGCGGCUGUAGACAUGUUACCAACUGUUGCCUGUGCUGAUAAUCCGUCCACAAGUUUUGCUGCUAAAUUUGUCCAUGCCUCUACCAACAAGAAUAGAUGUUCUAUCAAUAAAGUCUUGUGGACUCCUACAGGACGGCGUCUUAUUACAGGUUCGCAGAGUGGUGAAUUCACACUUUGGAAUGGGCAAUCUUUUAAUUUUGAAAUGAUCCUUCAGGCUCAUGAUAAUGCAAUUAAAUCAAUGGUGUGGAGCCACAAUGAAAAUUGGAUGGUUACUGGCGAUGAUGGGGGAUCAAUCAA